UUUCGCUUUUGUGUUUUUGUUUUAUUGUGCGGUUGUGGUUUUUUGUCACGUGAUCGUCGAUAGCGACUUGACUAGCGGGUUGAUGGACGUGAAUUUCAUGAACGGGAAAAUGGAAGUUAAUGGGAGGGAUGAUCUGAAGAAACCUUUAUUGCAGCAUGUAAAUGGUGUUGCAAUUGAUAUCCCACAACAGAUUAAUGAUGGAGGUGACAAAUUUAGGACAGUGAAGUUCAAAAUACGGGAGAUCAAGUGUGCAUCCUGUGCAGCAUCUAUUGAAUCCGUGCUGUUGAGCCUGAAUGGGGUCAAGAGUGCCAUGGUGUCGCCGCUUGAAGGCCAGGCUGCAGUUAAAUAUGUUCCUGAGCUUGUUACUGCAAAACAAAUUAAGGAAACGAUUGAAGAAGCAGGUUUCCCUGUUGAUGAUUUUCCAGAACAAGACAUAGCAGUAUGCCGCCUCAGGAUUAAAGGAAUGAUGUGCACCAGCUGCUCUGAGUCUGUAGAAUGUGCCCUUCAAAUGGUGGAUGGGGUGAAAAAGGCUGUGGUUGGUGUAGCUCUUGAAGAAGCAAAGGUUCACUUUGAUCCAAAUGUCACUGAUACAGACUGUAUCAUUGAAGCAAUAGAAGAUGCUGGCUUUGGAGCCGAUUUGAUUAAUUCUGGCAAUGAUUUUAACAAAGUGCAUUUAAAACUUGAAGGAAUUAAGUCACAGGAAGAUGUUACCUUUAUUCAAACCUUUCUUGAGUCAGCUCAAGGUGUAAAUCAUGUUGAAAUGGAUUUGGCAGAAAAUAAGGUGACGGUUAGCUAUGACCCAGACCUCACUGGUCCAAGAUCUAUUAUACAGUACAUUGAUGGAGCUUCCCAUGGCCCCAGCAUUUAUCGUGCAAGCUUGUAUGCUCCUCCAAGACAAAGGGAAACAGAGCGGCUGCAAGAAACGCGGAUGUACAGGAACCAGUUCUUACUAAGCUGCCUGUUUUCGGUUCCUGUUUUCCUAUUUUCAAUGGUACUUCCAAUGGUUCCUACUUAUGGUAGCUGGUUAGACUACAAGAUUCAUAACAUGCUCACUAUUGGGAUGCUCUUAAGAUGGAUCCUCUGCACACCAGUGCAGUUUGUUGUUGGCCGAAGAUUCUAUGUGGGAUCAUAUCAUGCAUUGAGACGAAAAUCUGCUAAUAUGGAUGUUCUGGUCGCACUUGGCACAAAUGUUGCUUAUAUCUACUCUGUAUAUAUAGCAAUAAAAGCAUUGACUUCAGAUACAUUUGAAGGGCAGGAUUUCUUUGAGACUAGUGCCAUGUUGAUAUCCUUUAUCCUCUUAGGGAAAUAUUUGGAGGUUAUCGCUAAAGGGAAAACAUCAGAUGCUUUAGCAAAGCUGACAGAACUUGCCCCUGAUACAGCUCAUCUUUUAACAUUAGAUGGUGAGGGAAAUGUUCUUUCAGAGAUGGAAAUCAGUACUCAGCUGAUACAGAGGAAUGAUAUAAUCAAAGUUCUUCCAGGAGAAAAAGUUCCUGUUGACGGGAUAGUUAUAGAUGGUCAAAGUCAUGUGAACGAGAGUAUGAUCACAGGAGAGGCAAAGCCCAUUUCUAAAAGACCUGGUGACAAGGUUAUUGGUGGGACCAUGAAUGAGAAUGGUUGCUUACUGGUUAAGGCUACUCAUGUUGGGUCAGAGACUGCACUUUCCCAAAUUGUUCAACUCGUCGAAGCUGCUCAGCUUGCCAGAGCACCUGUUCAGAAAUUAGCUGAUCAGAUCUCAAAGUUUUUUGUUCCGACAGUUGUUGUUGCAGCAUUUAUUACAUGGCUUGGAUGGUUCAUCCCUGGAGUGUUUGGACUUUACCCAAAACAUUGGAUACCAAAGGUCAUGGAUGAGUUUGAGCUUGCUCUGCAGUUUGGUAUUUCAGUAUUGGUGGUUGCUUGCCCAUGUGCUCUUGGACUGGCAACCCCUACUGCUGUCAUGGUUGCCACAGGGAAGGGUGCUUCUCAAGGUGUGCUUAUCAAGGGAGGAAAUGCACUUGAAAAGGCACACAAGCUUAAGCGUUUAAAUGUGAAGUGGUUACUUAAAAAUUAG